UGUUCAGUAAACAGAAGGGUUAUUUAGAGGAAGAACUCGACUACAGGAAACAAGCUCUGGACCAGGCAUACAUGAAAAUCCAGGAGCUGGAAGCCACGCUGUAUAAUGCCCUGCAGCAGGAUCCAGGAAGGUGGGCAAGCGAGUCGCUGACCGAAGCCCAGAGGGAGGAUUUGCGAGCUGCAGUGGAGAAGGUGCGGCGGCAGAUCCUGAGGCAGAGCCGUGAGUUUGACAGCCAGAUCUUGCACGAGCGAAUGGAGCUGCUGCAGCAGGCACAGCAGCGAAUUCGAGAACUGGAAGAUAAAAUAGAACUUCAGAAGAGGCAACUCAAAGAAAUUGAGGAAAAGUUUUUGUUCCUUUUUUUGUUUUUUUCACUAGCAUUCAUUCUGUGGCCUUGAUGACACAACUGAGCCAAGAUGUGUGGCUACUAAAAGAACCUAUGGAGUGAACAGCUGAGUCCACGUGCAAAACUACAGAAAAUAUUUAUUGAGCAGCUUUAAAUUGGUGCAUUUUUUUUCAUAAAACCGUUUGCAUAAUACUUGAAGCUGCAAAAUAUUUGAAUUUAGAAUUAGAGAUUUUUUUAAAGAUAUAGCUUCAAGCUGGAAUGAUUUGAUAAUCAAAUAAGGACCAGCACACCAUAAACAGUGAAAAAAAAUCUAAACAGAAUUUACACUUUCACACCAAUAAAACACUGGAAAAAAUACAAGUGCAAUUACUGGCUGCUAUGUGAACUGUUCUCUACCAAAUGGUUUUCUUACAGUACUGAGGUUUUUGUCUCCAUACUGCAUGCUUUCAACAAACGUGGUUUGCAUUUCACCCAGGAAACACAGAAUCUCCUUUUUAAUAUCUUUAUAAAAAAGCU